AUGAAAGAAUAACUCCUUGGUAAAAUAGCAAGAUAUAGAAUAUUUCUGUAACAAGGUUUGUAGAUUCCUGAUGAAAAUGGUGAUGAUUUGAGAUGCAUAGAUUUUAAUUUUGAUAAUUACAUAGAAUAACAAUUAUAGAUUGAACAAGAAUAAAAAGUUGAUUAAGAAGAUUAAAAAAUAGUAUAAACCGAUAAAAAAAUACCAGAAUUAGAGUUAAAAUUGAAUGAUUAAGAUUUAGAAGGUUUGUUAAAAGAUUUAGAAAAUGUACAAUUUGAUGGCGAAAUUGAUUUCACUAAAUAAAAUAUUGGUGAUUAAACUCUGAUUAGAUUAUCAGUAUUGAUCUAAAAACUUCCAAUUUCAUCCCUCAUUCUAGCUGAUACCAAAAUUUCUUAUAUAGGAGGUCUAGAAUUAGGCAAAGCUAUUUCUAAUAGUAAAUUAAAGAAGUUGAUAUUAACCAAUUGUAAUCUAGGUCACAGCUCCAAUAUUUUAAUGGAACAAUUGCAAUUCUUAGAUGAAGUAGAUUUUGGAGUCCUUGGAAAUAAAGCACUUCGCUAUUUAUCUUAAUAAAAACAUGAAUUAUCGCAUUUAGGAUUUCAAGAAGAUCCAAAAGAAGUUUGGGAUGUUUAAACCAAAGAACUAUUCUUGAAAUCAAUACCUAAAUCGUUAUUAAGCAUUCAAUUUUAAAUAGAUAAUGCUGAUCACAAAAAAUUCGUAGGAAUUGCAGAAAUCAAAUGUUAGGAAAAUAGAGAUGCAUAUUUACGAAAAAAGGCUAAUGAAUAUAAGAGUAAAGAUCUAGAUCCAGAUCAUCCAGACUAUUAUGACUGUGAUGAUUUCAAAGUCAAUGCAUUUAAAUUUAGUGUUAAAUCUUAUCUAUCCAAUGUUUUUGAAUCAUUACUAGAUGAGUCUUUGUAUUAUUUGGAAAAAGAAAGGCAAAAUGUGCUCAGAGAUGAAGCUAUUUAUCAUGUAACAAAUGAGUUAUUACCCCAAUCCAUAAUGGAAGAUAUUUGCCAAGCAGAUGGCUCUUUGAUUGUUUUAGCUAAAUAUCUUUUGACCAAAAUUAAAAAAUGAUAUAAAAAUAUAAAUUCAUCUUAUAAAUAUCAAUUG